AUGUCCGGGGCAGAAAUUCUCGGCGUCGUGGCCAGUGUGAUUCAGAUCGCCGAACUCGGCGGCAAGCUCUCAGUCAAGCUAUGCACAUUCUGCCAUCGAUUCAAGAAUGCCAAUAAAUCACUAAGAGGUCUUUCUAAGGAUAUCGCACUGACCUGCAAUGUGUUACGUCAACUGGGAGAGAGUCUGGAACAAGACGAUUUGGCCACUUUAUGUUCUCCCGAUGCCUUUGAGACAGCCCAGGAGGUCUUGAGGGAGUGUGAGAAAGUCUUUCAAGAUCUGGACCAUACCAUCGAACAGCAUUACUCAGACCCUUCUUCCAAAACAAGGAUUGAGCGAGCAACGAAAAAGAUCUGGUUCCUAAUGAAUGAGCCACAUUUGGAUGCCAUGGCGGGGAACUUGGAAAGAUUGAAAUCAACCAUGCUUUUGAUGCUAAAUGUGAUUAUGUAUGCGGGCCAAAUACGCAGUCGCCGUGAAGCAAAUGAGCUUCAAGAGCAGCGGAAUUUGCUGCUUGUGCUAGCCAACGAGAAGCUUGAGAGCGAAAGGAAUUACGAAAAUCUUACGAAGUCACUGCAAUAUGUCAGUCUGAGCGUUUCAGAGACCGGUACUUUUGAUUCGUCUCGAACAAAUGAGACAGAUGAAGACAAUGACGAGCUCUACCACUACUAUAGAAUGGUCAAAACUGUGCUCAAUGAUAUUGAUUCCGUGCAAGGAUUUUUGGACAGCAGUCGCUAUCAAAGAGUUAGAAGUGGCUUUGCUGGAGUGCAUAAGAUUGAAGCAUCGACUCUUCAAGAGAAGUAUGGCAAGAGAGCUACUCAACUCUUCCAAAGCAAUCUUCUGGGAAUCGACCCCGACGGUCUUGGGAGUUUUGACUUUGACACUUUCCUUGGAACUGAGACGGCCCAGGCGUCUGUACCAUUUUCAUCUGAGACAGUCUCGAGUCCAAUGACGACUCGGAAGCGGAAGGGACGCCUGGCCCCUGAGGCGCAAGAUGAUCCCGAUAUGUCUAUACCUCAAGAGGAUGGCAUACCCGAAGCCAAAAGACAAAAUAAAAGACGAGCUGCAGAACAUACCAUAUCACAGGCUUUGCCUGAAUAUUGCUUCUCGUCUCCACAUGCUGGUGCAAGCACGGAGGUGCAAAACACAUCAUGUGGUGAAACAGAGUCUGCAGCUCCAAAUGACCCUCUGCUCGAAGGGCUGGAAAUUUUUAUUCUGCGCUGGACAACCUUGACAGAGACGGAGCUGGGCAAGUAG